CGGGAUUAUUUGGUAUACAGCCAAUUAGCACGUGCUUGUUUGACAAACUUGCUGUUUAAACAUGACUUAAGUGCCUGGCAAUGCAUAUCAAAUAAAUUGAGGAGCAUAAUUUAAGUUUCUAUCCUGUUUUAGAUGCGGAGGCGCAACUUCGAAUGUGACGUCAGACGACUAGUGAUUGGAGUUUAAUGCGUUUUGACGGUCAGCAUAAUUUCGUUGUUCAUUAAUAGAUUUGGAGUUACGUUUAGUUUUGAUAGUUCUAAUACGAUUCAAUUGCAUCAGAUAGAAGUGUUUCAAAAGUUCCAUAAUGCAUCGCUCGAAUUACAGUUAUUCCGAGAAGCUUGUGGACAGCCAACCACGCGAAGACCGCCGUGUUCCUUGGGAAAGUUUAAAUCACGUGCCAUUUUCCGAAAGGAGUGAAUGCAGUGGUUUCUCAAGGAGGCCCUCUCGAAAACAGUACUUAUGGCAGUUGCUUGCAGAGUUUGAAAAAUGCGCCCAACAGUCAGAAGAUGUUCUAUUGAUUAGAAAGGAAUUUGAGCAAGUGAAAAGAGGCAUUGAUGAAAUCCAUUCUCAAAUCGAAGAUAUCAAGUUCGAGAGCAAAAUAUCUGGUGAUAAGGUGAAGUUUUUGUCCAAAGACCUCCAAGAAGCCAAAAGUAGCCAUUUCAAGUUGCGAGACGAAAUUUCAAAGGAGUUCAGGAAAACAUACAAAAGGCUAGGGGCUAUAGACAAAGACAUAGAUUUAAUCAAAUACCGACAAACUAUGGCAGUGAAAAAGCAUCAACUGGAUUUGGAGACACUAAAAUGGGAAAUGACGUCAUCAAGAUCUCAAGAGUCCCCAGUCUGCUCAUCACGGAUUGACAUCGGCUGCUUCAAAACACCAAUCAAAAAGGAUUCUACAAGUUUUGGGGAAUUUUCUCUUGUUUAAAUUGAUAGUGUGGCUUAUGAAAUGCAUAAAUACGGAUAAUUAUAUUGGCAUACUCUGAACACUGUUAGCAAUAUUGAGGUAGAAAGCAAAUUAUACAAUUUUAUAGCUUGAACAUAGAGAUACGACAAAAGUUGAUCAAAGUGUAUGGAAUUUGUAGUAUCUGUCAUUUAAACAACCUGACUUCGACCACGAACUUGUUGAAAUCCACUGUCUGCAGGCGCAGUUUAAAGGACCACAGAUUUUCUCAGAUUUUUUAUCAAAAGUUGACAAUUUUUUGGAGCUCUGUGAACGGUUCGUAAGGUUCUGUGUUGGAAUAUUCUAGAGAAAUCGGAAGAAAUCUCUUAGUGGGAUGACAGAGGACUGGAAAAAUGGACCGACAGACAGAGGACCGGUUUGCGCCAUUUGUGUCGAAGGAAUUUAAACCAAUGAACCCCUCCACCUACUUAGAGUCAAUUCUAAACUCGUACUUGAUACCGACUCUACUCCCUUUGUAGAAUUUUUUCUUACAGUAGUGGCGUAGGAGGAUUAGAAUUAUAAGAAGGACAGCAUUGUUUAAGAACUAAAUAAACAAAAGGAACUGUUCAUUAGAAAAAGAAGAAUUUUUAAAAUUUUCAGAGAGAAACGAGCCCCCCCCCCCACCCUGGUAGCUCAGGCAAUAUAAAAGCAAUCUUUCAAUUUUUAGCUAUAAAUCUAACGUGAUACGGAGGCCUACAUAUCAGUUCUGUUUUUGGAUGUUUUUUAUUUUCAAUGGAUGAAUCGCAACAUUACGGGGCGAAGGGGACGUCUUCACUAAUAGUUGACAUCAAAAUUGAGCUUUCCUCCUUUAAAAAAGAAAAUGUCAGAUGUCAAAAUCUCCCAAUUCCUUUAGAAAGUUCAGUCCCACCCUCUGUUCCUAUAUUUGAUUAUGGCAUGCUUAUGUCAGUAGGAUUUUUACGUAGAAUUAUGGUCGAUAUUUGUAGGCAAUGUGAUAGGCUUCAGUCAGGAACCAUUGGUGUAACCCUUUUGGCGUAACCUAUUGGCGUAACCCCAGACGGUUGAUGCAUGCAAUCUGCGAAAACCCGUUUAUAAAACGACUUGGCAAAAAAAGUCAAAAAGUGCUAGAUCAAACCACUUCCUAUUCUUCCUAUUGAGUCACUGUCCAUAUAAUAAAACUAAUUGAAGGAAAUAACAAACAUUCUUUACUUAUAUCAAUCAUUGGUACUAGGUGGGGAGGGAGGGGCGGAAAAUACUUGAGCCCAAGAAA